CGCUUGUGACCACAGUGGACACUGACGUUAACAAUUAUUUGCCAAUUAUAUCAACCGUUUCAGAUUACUUAGUCUGGCGAGUCGUAGAAACGUUUGUGCUGCUGACUAAGAAGAAAAUAAGUAAAGCGUGAGUAAUGUACGAAACAGUACAAGAAACAGUUGAAAAAGUUUAUAGAAAAAUCAAUUUUUUAUGAUUAAUGUUUCAAAUAUACGAUUUGAUUGACUACGCACGCAACGAUUAUUCGUUCUAAAUCCCCCGUUUGACCAGUAUAUUUUUCCACAAGAGUGGGAGACAAGUGGAGAGAAGUAAAUAGACAGCGUAUUUGAUUAGUUUGAAACAGAAAGUCACACAGUAGUGACAAACAUAUUUGAUUGGCGGUUAGUGAGUGGUAACGGUAUCGAUUAGAAAGUGUUUGUUUGUGACAAUGUGAUUUAAAGACGAUUGUUGGCAAUUUAGCUCUCGAUAGUAUUUUUUAACAUUACUAAUUUAUAGUAAACCGUGUGAGAAAUCAUUUCCGUGAUGACUGAAAACAAAAAAAAUGGUAUUAAACAACAAGCUCCAGAUGGUGGCUGGGGUUGGUUUGUUUGUCUUGGAAGCAGUCUAAUUACGCUCUCUUUGCGAUCCUUGGAUCCAUCAUUCGGAUUACUAUUUAAAGAUCUGUUGGAGAAUCUUAAUGUCGAUUCCACAUGGACAUCAAUUAUAAUGAGCGUCUUAGAUGCCAUUGUCAAUUUUUCAGGUUUUUUAAUUGGUCCAUUAUUAAAAAAAUAUUCUUACCGACAAGUUGCAUUUUUUGGAUCUUUGCUAAGCUGCAGUGGUUUAAUAAUUACAUCGCAAGCUAAUAGUAUACCAUAUAUCAUUUGCUCUUAUAGUGUAUUAGGAGGUCUAGGUACUGGCCUUGCCAUGGCUUCCUCCUUCGUCGCAUUAAAUACGUUUUUCGACAAAAAACGUGGACAAGCAGUAGGCUUUUCCAUGGCAGGGAACGCGUUGGCAAUGAUGUUUAUACCAUUGUUAGUACAUAUACUACUGGAUAUAUACGGAUUUCGCGGCACAAUACUUAUCGCUGGAGGAUGGGCAUUACAUUCUUUAGUGGGAUCAUGUUUGUUACGUCCACUUGAAGCACAAUCGCCGGCACCACCAGUCGAGAAAAAGUCUAAUGAAGAACAAGAGAACGAAGCCUUAUUAAUGAAACCGAAUCCUGAAGCACGAAGGAUGUCAAAUGGAUCAAUGUGGACCAAAGAUCAAAUCGCAGACAUUGAAACACUCUCACCUCAAAAGAAAUCGUUCAUGAAGAAGCUACAAACAUAUUUUGACUUGGAUCUUCUCAAAAAUUCGAUUUACUUAAAUGUCGCUUUAGGUUGCAGCUUUUUUUACGUGGCUGAGUCAAACUUUAAAUUAAUGACUCCUUUCUUUCUCUCGGAUCUCGGACUGAAACAAGCGGAGGUAGCCUUUUGUCUGUCCCUGACUGCAUUCACCGAUAUCCUCGCUAGACUGCUUUUGCCGACAUUAUUCGACAAAUUCGGUUGGAAAAAACGCAUAAUUUUCUGGAUCUCCAGCUUCCUCGUUGGAAUCACACGCUCCAUAUUAGCGGAACAAUCAGAAAAAACACCGUUGAUUGUCACAUUAGUAAUAGCUGGAUUUUUACGUGGCGCUACAUUAGUGAAUUUAAAUCUUUGCAUAUCUGAAUGUUGUACUUUGAAGAAGCUACCAAGUGCAUUUGGUAUGUUUAUGGUGUUUAAAGGUUUAUGUGUAAUCACUAUGAGUCCUUUAAUUGGAUACAUCAGAGACGUCAGCGGUAGCUACAAAAUCUGUCUUCACGUGAUGACUGCCAUGAUACUUGUCACAUCUAUCGUGUGGAGUAUUGAAUUUUUAUAUCGUGUCUUUUGUAGACAACUUGCUAUUGUUAAGAAAUUACAACAGAAUGCAGCAGAAUAACAUUUUAAAUUUAAUAUAGUAGUCUUAUAAAAUUAUC